GUUUAUCUGCAGUAUUUCAAAUCCGUGUGUAAUUAAAGCUGCCUUCCCGAAAAAGAACUCAAACGUCAUCAGGAGGCCCAGGAAAGACUUUCGUUAAUUCUUUCAUAUCGGUACAAGUGGUGAACAAACUCGGGGAUUUUGUAUUUGAUGAACAUUUUUGUUUUCCCAGUUAUACUCGGUACUGUAGUAUAUUGCACAUCAGGCGGAUAUAGGAUCGCGUGUGUAUCAGACAUCAACGCAUGCCAAUCAUCGCUCUGCUGAUCUGAGGGCAGGUAGGUCACCCAACUCGGCCGCUCUUCCUAGACAUUUUGUUUACACAGUUUUUCCGCACAAGAAGCCUGUGGCGUGAUCGUUUUAAGCCAAGGACAGAUCUGGUGUUUGUGUGAAGUGGGACUGUUGGACAUUUACUCUGCUGAACCAUGGAGGAAGGAAUGGACGAGUCAAGCUACUUCAUUAGUUCUUUUGACCUUGAAGAUUACGAGGACUACAUUUACAACGCGACCAGCAGUGAUGAUUACUCGCACAGCAUACACGUACCAUGGAGGUGGAAUUUCACGGUCACCCUCAUCAUGGCGGUCUUUGGGAUAGUGGCCAAUUCCGCUCUGCUAAUGGUGAUUGCACUCAACCGGCACCUGCGCACAGUUUCCAACAUUCUCGUCGGAAACCUAGCCGUAGCUGACUUGAUCAUGUUUAUCUUCGCCGUGCCCUCUGACAUCUUGCACUGGCACGUCUUCAAUUGGCCCGACAACGACCUGGGUGACUUCCUAUGCAAGUUAACCGGUGGUUCUUAUAGCCUCGCCCAGGCGCUAUGCGUAGCUUCCCUAACGGCAGUUAGCAUCGAGCGGUAUUGCACCCUCCGUUGGAAGAUACAUACCAAACGCACCGCGGUCAUUCUGUUCCUCGUGUGGGUCUUCGCGGUCGUCUGUACCGUGCCCUUGUUAGUCUGGGCUAAGGUCGUCAAGUAUUCUAGGUCCUUCUCCAUUUGUCACGUCGUACCUGUUCAUACCCGGGAUAACCCCACGGCGAAGGGUUUCCUCACCACAGGCUUCGUGCUGAAGUACCUGAUACCUCUGCUCGUGAUAACCUGCUGCUACUGCGGCAUGGCUGCCGUUUUGGUACGCGGUACUCCCUCAAGCACUGCAGCCGUACGCGCCAUGAGGCGUCUUGCCAUCGUAGUGCUCGUUCUCAACAUUGCCUUCGCUAUCUGCUGGCUUCCAGGCCACGCUAUUAACCUGUAUUUCCUCUACACCAGCUGGGAUCAGAUUCUCGCCAUCUCCUUUGAGACCUAUAUGACUUUAAGUGAGGUAGCUCACGUCCUGGUGUACGUGAAUUCCUGUCUGAAUCCCGUCGUAGUGUUUGCGAUCAGCGCUACCCACCGCGAGCCUCUAAUGCGCUUCGCCCGGUCCUGCCUGUUCUGCGUACGGCAGGCCCCACCAUCAACAGGCACAGAUCAGAACGCCGGCGAUCGUUACGCCCGAAUUCCUGAUGACGUCUUUGUCACCGAGACAGAAUGUGCAGAAGAAAAAGCUUAAAAAGAAUAAUUAAGAAUAAUUGAGACUGUAUAUUCACUCCAUAGACGUCUUGUAGACGCUGUCGUUGGCUGAAAACAUACUUUUCAUAUUCCAAGGAAUCAUGCCCAUGCUUGGACAUUUGCUUAAAGUGGUAGACCCGUGUUUGAUGCUUUUCGGACUUGUAUAUCUUCCCAAAGCAAUAAAGCUGAAUAUGGUCUCUUAGUUUGUGAAAGUUCAAUGAAACAUUUGUAUAUAAGAACCUUUAGGCUGACAAAGUUGAAUUACAUAUCGAAAUUUAUACCAUACACGGUUUGUUUGCAAGGCCAUACAAAAUGCAAUGUAAAGCCUAGUUUCUAUAUCGACAUUAGAAACGCAAAGUGAAAGGCAAAGAAGACCCAAACCUGCAACGCAGACAAAUGGAAACAUUUCAUCCGGAAGUGUCGCCGACACUUCCGGAUCCGCGUACUGUCUGCGCAGUCUGACUUGUCUGCGUGCUUAACGUCGAUAUGGAAACCAGGCUUAAAGUACUUCAACCGGCGUGUAUAUUAUAUUAAACGCAUUGUAAUAUCUGUCAUAUAGGCCUAAUAAUACUAAAAUACAGUGUUGUAGUACUCCAGUACUACUCUAGUACUUUUUUUUGGAGUACUCGUACUCGAAUGUCAAAGUACUCGUACUCGAAAUGACGGUACUCGUAUUUGGGCUCCACUAUCGUGCAGCUUAGCUUCAAAGAUCACAACGAAAACACAUUGAUUUGAGACUGCUUUUGCAGAUAAAAAAAUUCAAAUUAUUUAAUUGAAAAAUGCUUACAAAGACAACCCCAAGUUUGUAUCAAAAAUGAUUAAUAGUACACAUAAUUUUCGGCUUCAAGCACAUUUGUACUAGUACUCACUCGGAAUACAAGUACUCGUAUACUCGUACUCGGCAACCUAAAUACUCGGCAGUACUCGGCACUCAGGAAAACGUACUCGACUACAACACUGUUAAAAUAUUCAAUGAAAAUGUUGCUGUAUUGUACCAAAGAAGCAAAAAUGGAGGAAAACCACAGAUGUAUAUUUCUGGACAACCUUAUUAAACCAUAGAAGAGUAAAUAUUAGGCCAAUCGGUAGAAAAAGGCCAAGUUUUUAUUUCGCGUAAUAGCUAAUCAGCCUGCUGUGUAUAAUAAUGCUCAUAAAAUAUACUAAAGUUUUCCCGGCCAAUUUCCUAAAAUGUUCAUACACUUCUGAAAAUCGGUCAUUCAUUUCCGUCUCAAUUUGAAU